GGAGGAGGAGGUAGUCGACGACCUACGAGAAUGGCAGGAGAAGGAGGAGGUGGAGGUGGAGGUGGCAAUGUCCCCUUCUCAAAGAUGGUUUUUGACGGUAAACGAAUGAGAAAAGCCAUUCAAAGACGAACAGUUGAUUAUAAUCAUAGUGUAGCUCGAUGGAUGCAGGAACGUGUGUGGAUUCGUGAUAGAAGAGAUACGCGCUAUUUAAGGCCAGACCCUAACUUUAUUGUGAACCUUUUACCUCCUGUGGCCUACCUGGAUAAUCCAAUCAACGCAGUCACUACCAAAUUCAUCCAUACCUCUACAAACAAGAUCAGAUAUCCCGUCAAUGUAGUCAGAUGGACUCCCGAAGGUCGUCGUUUAAUUACAGGUUCCUCCAGUGGUGAAUUCACUUUAUGGAACGGUCUCACCUUUAAUUUCGAAACCAUUUUGCAAGCGCACGAUUCUGCUGUACGUGCCAUGAACUGGUCUCAUAAUGAUAACUGGAUGGUCACGGGUGAUCAUAGUGGUAUCAUCAAGUACUGGCAAUCCAACAUGAGUAAUUUGAAAAUGUUUCAAGGGCAUAAGGAAGCCAUUCGUGAUUUAACGUUUGCGCCCUCCGAUACUCGUUUCGCUACCUGUUCCGAUGAUUCGUAUAUCAAGAUCUGGGAUUUUAACACCGGUACGGAAGAAAAGACCUUGAAAGGUCACGGUUGGGAUGUCAAGUGUUUGGAUUGGCACCCUUACAAGUCUUUAUUGGCUUCUGGAAGUAAAGAUAAUCUCGUUAAAUUAUGGGAUCCCAAAUCUGCCAAAAAUAUCACAUCGCUUCAUGGACACAAGAAUACAGUUUUGGCUUUAGAAUGGAAUCAGAAUGGUAAUUGGCUAGUCACUGCUGGUAGAGAUCAACUUGUCAAAGUAUACGAUAUCAGAACAAUGAAGGAAUUGCAAGUGUUUAGAGGUCAUAAAAAGGAAAUCUGUUCUGCUAAAUGGCAUCCACAACAUGAACGCCUUUUAGCCACGGGUGGAUCCGACGGUGCACUGAUGUUUUGGAUGACAGGUCAAGAUCAACCUGUAGGUGAACAAGAAACCGCCCAUGAAUCCAAUAUUUGGUCCCUUGAUUGGCAUCCUGUGGGUCAUAUCCUGGUCUCUGGUUCCAAUGAUCACACGACGCGUUUCUGGACAAGACCUCGACCUGGAGAAUUAACUUCGGAUAAAUUUGAUUCGAGUCAACAUCAUGAUGAUGAACCCGCUCCACCUAUCAAGGAAGAUUAUAGACAACAAUUCACGGAACCACCCCCUUUUAGACCUCAUAAUGCUCCCUCGCAUCAAAAGGUAGAACCUCCUCCAUUUCGACCUGCCAAUGCUGCUGCUCCAAGAGAGAAUGGUCCUCCUCCUUUUAGACCCACCCAUCCUCAGUUUAACGAAACUCCUCCUUUCCGUCCUCAACAACAACAACAACAAAAUGAUAUGAUGAUGCGUCCACCCUUUGACUCUUCUAACAUGGGUGGUGGAUUCAAUCGACCUCCUCCUUCUUCUAAUCACAGAGGUGGUAUGGGAAGAGGAAGAGGUGGUCCCGGUAUGCAACAAGGAGGAGGGAGACAUAAUGGAGGUAUGCAACAUCAACAAGGUUACAGACCUCCUCCUCCCAUGAUGAAUAAUGGAGGUGGUAAUAGGUUUGAUGGUGGACAACAGCAGCAGCAUCAGUUUGGACAAAGACCGCCUCCUCCUCCCAUGCAACAUGGACAAAGAAUGCAUAAUAACGGUGGAAUGAAUAAAAGACCUUACCCUCCACAACAACAACACCAACAAAUGCAAGAAGGUGGACCUGGUUAUCGACCUCCUCCUCCAUUUGGUGGUGGAAACCCUCAUCAACAACAACAACAACAGUAUCCUCCCAGAGAUAACAAAAAGCCUAGAAGAUGGAAUUAAAAAAAAAAAAAAAAAUUAAAAAAUCAAUAAAAAACCCCCUCCUUUAUUUCUUGUAUUCAUAAAAGUGAGGUGCUAAUUCAGCU